CAGGUGCUUAUUAUUGCAACACAUGGGAUGCAGUGUUUGCAGGACUCGGCUGAACUCGGGCAGAGCGCUGUCCAGAGUGCCGCUGCCUUUUACCAUCAUGCUGCUGCUUUUUCUCUAUCUUUUUCACUGCUUGAGUGGGUUUUGCGACUCGGCGCCAAAAAUCACGACUCGACCAAACCUGCUGAGGCAUCACAUCCCCGGUAAAGUGCAUGCAGUGCGCGCGGAGCUCCGCUGGAACGGGACUGCAUCCGCUCACCUUAGCACACAAUCGGAGUCUCUGGAGUCGGAAAACGGCGCUGAGGAAAGUGGGAUCCCUGUUUCAAACACUUACGGAAGUAAGAAAUUUCCCCAGGCUAUCAUAAUUGGCGUGAAGAAAGGAGGCACCAGGGCGUUGUUGGAGUUCCUGCGCGUCCAUCCAGAUGUGCGCGCCAUGGGCGCCGAGCCGCACUUCUUCGACAGGUUCUACCACAAGGGUCUGGAGUGGUACAGGAACCUGAUGCCAAGGACCCUUGAUGGCCAGAUCACAAUGGAAAAGACACCCAGCUACUUUGUCACCAAAGAAGCCCCUUCCCGUCUGUGUGCUAUGAACUGCAACACAAAACUCAUUGUGGUGGUGCGGGACCCGGUGACCAGAGCUGUGUCUGAUUACACACAGACUCGGACCAAAAGCCCUGGACUUCAGUCAUUCCAGAGACUAGUGUUCAAAAACUCCAGCUCGGAAGUCAUUGACACCUCAUGGAGUGCUGUGCGCAUUGGCAUGUACGCCCAGCACCUGGAGAACUGGCUACAGCACUUCCCACUCUCCAGCUUCUUGUUUGUUAGUGGGGAGAGACUAGUAAGCGACCCAGCCGGUGAAGUGGGCCGUGUCCAAGACUUCUUGGGUCUCAAGCGCAUUGUCAGUGACAAGCACUUCUACUUCAACCAGACCAAAGGCUUCCCAUGUCUGAAGAAGCCAGAGGGCAGCAGUAGACCACGUUGCCUAGGGAAAUCCAAGGGUAGGACUCACCCGCUUAUUCCAACAGAUGUGCUUCAGAAACUCAGGGAGUUUUACAGACCCUUCAACCACAAGUUCUACCAGAUGAGUGGCCUUGAUUUUGGCUGGGAGUGAAGCUUUGCAAGUGGAUUUGGAUUAAAAAGGCAACUUAACAAACACAAUUUGCACAUUU